GAUGAAGGUGGAGCUCAGCGUUUGGGACGAGCUGAAGGUUCCUCAGUCGGAGUGUUUGCUCGGGUUUACCUGCGGAAUGAGCUGAGAUGAGUCGGUGUAGGUAACAGAUGAGAGCCUGAGUGAACCGGUUUGGUUCGCCGGGCGGUUUGAAGACGUGCAGAAGUGAGAAAGUGGGCUGAUCCUCGUUUUUGCCUUCAGAAGUUUCUCCACUGGCUUUUUCCCACAACCUUUCCAUCCAGUUUGGCAAGGAAACAAGAGAAAAUAGAGCACCUGAGAGAAGAUCUAGAUAAAACCACGCUUAAUUAACUUCACUGAGCUCAGCGUUGGCCUGCUGAUUGAUCAACACCAUAACAAACAACCUGCCAUAACCAGAAGAAAGACAGAAGAACAAGCAGGAAUGGGCUCCUGGCUCCCUGGUGGUCGCUGAGAGUGGGCUCCAGUGGACGGGAGAGAGCAGCAAAGGUAUUUUGCACCAGGCAGCUGGGUGGAACCUGAAGAUCCUGAAGAUCCUCAGGAUGGACUUGUUGGACCGAGCUCCCAGUGAGAAGGAACUGGUUUUCCAGUCCAGGAUACUUUGCAGAGACUUCAUAUAUUCCAGGAUCACCAGAGAAGGUCUCAGCUGGUCCAAAGUUGAAGCCUCUCUGCCUGUUCCAGACGGAGCUCUUGGAGAUGUCUCAAUGGUGCUCCUCAAGUUGGGUGAUGAGCUGGAGUACAUGCGGCCGUACGUCUACAGGAACAUCGCAAAGCAGCUCAGCAUCUCCGUGUCCGUGGAGUGCGUGGUGUCCGACGCUUUUCUUUCUGUGGCAACAGAGAUCCUGUCUUUGGGGAUCACAUGGGGGAAGGUGGUGGCCAUCUUCGCAGUCGCCGGCGGUCUGGCGGUGGACUGUGUGCGACAGGGUUAUCCCUCCAUGAUAUACACCAUAGUGGACAGUCUGGGGGAGUUCGUCAGAAAGAGCCUGGUUCCCUGGCUCAAGAGGAGAGGAGGAUGGGGGGACAUUUCAAAGUGCGUGAAGAACAUGGACAGUACAGCUCAGUCUCACUGGCUGUCCUCAGUCGUGUCCACCUGGAGACACGUUGUGAAGACCAUGUAUAUCUACCUGAUGAAGUAACUGUGGACCUGGCCGAAAUGAACCGCCAGAUAACUGAAUCUCUUCUGGUUCCAACCACCUGCAGGACGCUUUGUACUGCCCAUUCACUUUCUGCUUCUCAUAAUGAACAAAUAGCUCCCUCUAGUGGUUCCACAUUGUAAUACACACGUCUAAAGUCAGUAUAUAUGGCUGAAUGUCAUUUAAUGUUAGACUCAGAAUUAUCUGGGAUGCAGUAAGGUGUUGUCUGAGGUGCUGGGUAGAAAUAAGUGUGCAAUAUCAGAUGUGUGGUGUGAAAAUGACGCCUGGUAGCCGUAUCCAAGAAACAUGUCCCAGCAGAAUCGCUGGUUCUGGAUCGGUUCUGAUUUGUUUUAGCUCUUAGUCUCUGAGUAUAUCAUUGGUGCCAGGUGGAAACAUGAUCUACCCUCCUAGAUUCUCUGAGUCUUUAAAUAUUAUUUAUUUUUAUAUAUUUAAAUAUAUAUUUUAGCUAUUUUUAAUGCUGCUUACAUGUUGGUCUCCUAACAUAACAGAUUUUAUACUGCAUGCUUCUGUGUGAGGUGUUUUACCUUUUAAUCUGACUUCUUUACUCAUUGAUUCACUGUUGUUUUGGAGUCACGAUGCACUUUGACUUUUGUGUUUUGUGUGUGUUUGAACUGUUUCCACUCGCUACUAUGUGCAUGUUAAAAUAAAGAUUUUCUCUAUAUUGAUUUAAAAAUGGUUAUUUUAUUGUAGCCAAGAUGAUUUUCAUUCAUAUUAUCUUGUUUACAUCAGUGAACUCUUCAUCCUGCAUGGCAUUAUUGACGUUCUCUACAGAGCACAGAAUAGCACACAUUGAUAUUUCAAAGUAAAGUGAAAAUAAAAGGUUUUACAUUACAGAUUAUGUUUAAAUCAACCACCACAUAUAAAGUAGCACCUAACAAAUGACCCAAAACUAAACACACCACAAAAUAUACAGACAAAUUCAGUUUUACUUUAGUCUUUCUGCAGCGCGGCCUCUCCUCUGAGCUUAUAUUAAUUGGACGGGGUGAAGCUGAAAGUAAACAAAACCCCACAUUAUAAAUGACUCCAGUGUAAUUUAUGUUCUUAUGAACCUGGUUUAAACCCUGGUUUCUCAUCUCAUUGGAUUUCA